AUGUUUUUUCUACUCGUCUGCGUUCUAGCUGCCUGCUUGCAAUGUGGGCUCACUCAGGAUAUGCCUAACCAAGAGGUGAAGUCAGUUUGUGGAGAGGACUCAAUUCUGAAAUGUAAAGCAAUAUGUAAGCCUGGGGUCCAGUACCGGGCAGUGAAGUGGUACAAGCUCGGUGAGGAGCCCUCUAAUAAGGUGUCUGGUCUAUUGAUGAAGAUGCUAUCAUCACCUAACAGCACCACGCAAUGGUACGCCGGUCUGGAGCGUGAAGUGGAACUUUUGGCUGAUAAUUAUUUCGAUAUCUUCCUGCCCAAUGUAACAGCUGUUGAUAGUGGGAGGUAUAAGUGUCUCCUGGCAGCACCUGUAGGAGAGCAGAACCAGGAGGGGCAGAUUGUCCUCAGAGUGACAGGUUGCCUUGAGUCCACAGACCAAUCAGAAGAAAGGGAUACCAUCCUAGUUCUUUCCAUUGUGGGGCUUGUGGCAGCAUUGCUGAUAUUCACCAUCAGAUAUGUCAUCCUAAGGAAUAUGUUUUUGCAAAGGAGUAAGAAGUAUCGACAAGAACCACUUCUAGAUGCACCCCUUGAGAAGAAAGAUUUAAUGUUGAUCUACACUCCAAACUGGUCAGGACAGGCUUCCAUAAAACAUGUCUGUGUGUGAGAGCCUGUUCUGCUAGUUUGGGCUCAUUGUAUACUUGAAUGUGAAGAGGAAAUGCAGAGAAAGAAUAGGGCACUUUUUGAAGCUGAGCAAGGAUCCUAAGAGUCAUAUCGAUCACUGAACCUGUACACAGCCCAUCUGUAAUUAGCCCACCCAAAUACCUAAUCUCCAUAUUGUUAUUUAUUUUGC